GAGAAGACGGCCUGCACAGGACCAACUGCUUGACAACGGCACAGCAAGCGCCUCCAUCCGACCACGACCAUUGGGGGACAUAAACUGCAGCCCGUCACUAGUCGUUGGCCAUGCCGGCUGCAAGGGCGCGAAUGGGGUGGGGCGAUGCGACGGCGAUUGAUGCUUCAGGCGCAGCAAAACAUUUAUUUGCUCUUUACAUGCAAAGACUCUAGUGACAUCCUGCAGCAAUUCCUAUGGCUGGGCUGCUCAAGCAAGGCUCGCCGAGCCUCGCUUCCCGCCAGCACAGGGCGCAGCACAGCCCUCUGUCCAUGCAGCGGCCCCCGCCUACACUGCGGCGUGCACCGCGAGCGGAAUCGGCACACAGCACCGAUUGCUGCCACUCUGACCUCAGCCAAAGAGCUCGUGAUCUCACCAGCAUCACAACCAACACCGCCUCUGCCUGUGCGGCUGAGGUGGCCCUUGCCGCCAACCGCCGCUUGCUACUGCUGGCGCUGGUCUCCAGUGGGGUAACAGUAACGCCCCCCGUCUGCCCCACGCGGGCCGCGGCGCAACCGGCUCUGCCAAGCGCACCGCAAACCAGCGGCCCCAACUCCAACUUCCAGCCCAGCAUCGCCCCCAGCCCUAGCUCCAGCUCCGGCUGGAGCCCUGGUGACGGCAUGAGCCUGCAGGCGGCCAGGCAGGCCACCGCCGCAGCCCUGCGCGCCCUUGAGGCCGCCUACCGGGCUCUGGUGGAGGAGCAGAGCUGCAUCGCGGUGGAGGGCCCCGGGCCCGACUGCCUGCCGGGUGCAGGCAGCGGCGGGCCGGGGGAGGCCAAUGGAGGAGGCGGUCGCGGCGCUGUCGGGCAGGGGGCGCUGAGGCUCGUGGAGUCGCUUGUGGCGGCGAGCAAGACGCUGCAGGUAUCUCUGCCGGUGGUGGGAGCCGACAUCGCCUACGCCGGCGCCCCCGCAAAGCGGCGCCGCGGCGUGCUGGGGCUGCUGGAUGCGGCGGAGCGGGCGGCGCGAGCCGGCGGCGGCCUGGCAGUGGACACGGCCGACCUGGAGUUCCUAGAACUGGUGGAGGAGGCCACGACGUCAGCGAUGCUGCAGCUGAGGCUGCUACAGCGCGCGGCGGAGGGGGUAGCGGCGGCGGGUGGAGGGGGAGGUGGAGGGGAAGCAGGGGCAUGGGUGGCGGCUGCGCCGCGGCUAACGGAGCUGACGUAUGCGAGCCUGCGCAAGGCCAGGGCGGUGCUGGUGCUGGAGGCUCGGUAGGGGGUGGAUGGACCCGAUGUGUGUGAUCUGGCGGCAGAGCUGGUGUUUGGUGUAGGGCUGGGAAGGCAGGUCACGAGCAGCGAGCGCAAUGUGCCAUGGCAGGAGUAGUGUGUGCGUGAUGGUGUGCAUCGCAAUCGGGCUCGGGGCACUCAGGUUAAGGC